GAUUACACUACACCGUUAAAAAUUGUCCCGAAAACCAAUAGUCGCGGUAUCGCGACUGCGACUACGCUGGCGACAGCUGGCCCUUGCCUCUCACUCCCACGGCCGCUGAACGAACUAAACCUUGAAGACUUGGAUGUAUGUCAUAUCACCAUAAAGUUCUUACUGCAUCGGGUUUGGAAGCCCGCGCGUGGGCGCUAACACUUAACCACGGCUAUCGAGCGUGGUGUCGGAACCUGGAAAGUGGAAGGUUACCCCAGACCAGGGCCCAGACAGUAAUGCUGGUUAUGGAACUCAUGAUAACAAUCAGCCCGCUUUCAACAGCACUGGCGCUGCCAGCGCUGAGUCAGGUGCCGUCCAGCACCUGGGUGCACGCCGUCCGCAGCUUCGCCACAUACCACGACACCGACAGUCAGCGGCCGGCUCCCCAUGAAAGCAAGCUGGAGGAUUCUGAAACAGUGUCAGAGAAAGGAGCCGCGGCAUCAGAGCAGGGGGUCGCGGCCGGGGAGCAAGGAGCCGCUGUGAAGCCAGAGCAGGGAGCGGGCAACGACGCCGCCAAGAACGCGCUGAAGCACACCACGAGCAGUGGCAUGCGGUCGACGCCGCUAUGCCGGCUCACCGGCCUCUGCGGGCGCACGGCGACUCGUAUUAUCGACACAAACAUGCGGUGCCCCGUCUGCCUCAUGGACCGACGCGACCGCCCGACUACGUUCUUCCCGGCUGUAAGCAUCGACCAGACCGUCCGCCUGCAGCACAGCGCCGCUGGCGCCGCAGCAAGCAAUGUGUGGCGGUCAACCAACCCCGCCUUCGUGAUUUCCAAUGUGUAUCCGAGCUUCACCAAUGCGCACAACUUUACUCGCUCCAACACGGGCCAAAGUUGCAGCCGCAGCAGCAUUGCCGCCUGCGGCGCGUCGGUCAUCCCUCCGACCCAUAUUGCCGCGCACCGCGCCCAGGCAAGAUUGUCGGGUGCCGGCGGCAGCGUUACUGCGCCCUGGAAGGGCUUUGCGCCGUCGGGCUUGCUGCAGCGGGGCCAGCGGCCAGCGGCAUCGCUCCCUCCCGCCGCCCUGGAGCAGCUGAGCUUCGGGUGCGGCCGCGCGCCACGAACGCCUCGCCACCGCGCCAGCACGGCCUCACCCCUGCUGAGCGCCGACUAUGCAAGCCCUGUGCUGGCCACAGGUGCGACGGGCGAGCUGUUGGCGAUGCUGCAUGAGAAACUAGGCGCGGCAGCGUAAGGGAUGGCGGCCGCGGCAGACUAAGCCAGGGUUGAACCACUGAGAGCAGAAUAGCAGGCAACCAGCACAAAGUAGGGUCAAGGACGGCGGCUGUGCUGCAUGUCAGGUGCCCGUUUCGGGCACUAUGUGCAUUGUUUGUGUUCAGUACCAGCACCAUAUGUGAAAGUGUCUAGGUGCCAUAGGCUGUGUGGUUCCAAUACCGUAAGCUUUGAAUUCGGGCGUGGAUGAUGGCACCCAAGCCCAUGGCGUGCCGGGAGCGCUUUGGACCAGGCCGUGGGUGUACUGAGGGACUGCUUUCAGCAAACGCGUCUAAUGUAUUCAAUUAUUUUAUGUUCAGUACAGUGCCCUCCACAGGUGCAACAUGCCCCCAUGGUGCAUUAGGGCCAUCCGGGACUUGAAAGCUCCAUUCUAGAGGCGUGAGCCGCGUAUGUUCGAAUCAUGCAAUGAACCCAGGGCGCGUGCUGUGACUGCAUGAUGCCUGUGCCGUGUGUUCACCCGCAUGUCUGUAGCUGGCGGCGAACAAUGCCAAGACUGUUAGGCUUAUGUACGUUGCCAUAUCGUAUCGUCGCGCACAGCUGGAUGUCUUGCAUACAUUUUGAUUGGCUGAACCGGGAUGGCCGCCUGUUAUAGGCGGCAUCGCAAGAUUGUGCUGUGUAUGGGGCCGCUCUGUUGGCGAAAGCCAUCGUGUGGCAACGCCGCAAUGGUUGUUCCUACGACGCCCAAAGCCGGUCUGGGUCCGAGCCUAGUUGUGGUCACGUGCCAUGACAUAAUGACAUACUUACACAUCUCGGUGUAUGAGUAUGUGCCGCACAAUCUGCUCCGGGAAAUCCCUGACCUGACUAUGCACCCCUGCUGCUCACCUGUUGUGUUGGCUACUGUGACCACUUG